GUUGAAGCCAAAGGACGAGAGUACCGGUAGCGCUGCCCAGGCUUUGCUUGCGCAGGCGUGGGAGGCCUAGGCUUUUCAAUUUCGUGUCUGAUUGCCUGUUAGAAUUGCUUGCGUGUUGUUCGUAAGAGUUGUUCCACGAACCAGAACCUUGCGCACGAUGCUUUCUUCCUCCGACGCAGUGCUAACAGCAGCGGUGGUGGCAGCUGGAGUAAUUGCGGUUGUCGCGACGUGGAAUGCUGUCAGAAUAUGGGAGUUGGAGGACGGCAAUCAAGAGGCAGAAACGUCAAAGAAACCGGCAACACCAUUUAGUGGUGCUCAACGUAAGAUUGAUGAGAAAGUCAGGGACAAAUUUGGAAAAGACCAUGAAAGUCCUGAGUUCUGGCGAUGGUUGCUUGGACAGCUCACAAUGGGAGCUGUUGACACCAGCCAUGCUGAGCAUCAAGAGGCCAAACAGGGCGCCGCUGCUGGUGUUAAGUUUGCAAGCUCUCAGGCUGAGCAGGGACUGUUGGCGGCCAUUGGCAACACGCCGCUGAUCCGCAUCAAUAGCCUAUCCGAAGCGACAGGGUGCGAGAUCCUAGGGAAGUGCGAGUUCCUUAACCCUGGGGGGAGUGUAAAAGACAGAGUGGCAGUGAAAAUAAUUCAGGAGGGCCUUACCUCCGGUCAGCUCCGCCCGGGGGGGCUCGUCUGCGAGGGCAGCGCCGGGAGCACAGGUGUCAGCCUGGCAUUGGUCGCCCGCGCGUUCGGCUGCCGCUGCUUCGUUGCCCUACCAGACGACGCCGCGGUCGAGAAGAGCCAGAUGCUCGAGGCGUUGGGCGCAGAAGUCGCGCGCGUUCGGCCGGUGUCGAUUACGCAUCCGGGGCACUUUGUGAACGUUGCGCGGCGGAGGGCGCUAGAGGCCGGGGGCCAAGGGCGGGAUGUCCAAAAGGUGCAGGGGGAAGCCGUUGAGACUAUUGGGGUAAAAGUGGGAGAGUUUGCGCCGUUGGGAAUGGGAACGGUUCCCGAUUUGAAGGUCGAACCAGCAGAAACGGCGUCAGGGAAGAGAGGGGCCCAAGGAGAGCGUCCGAAGGAGUCUUUGUCAGUGAGUGGAUGCGAAACGACCGUUAAAUUUUCGAAAGGGAAGCAGGCUGCGACAGCUGGGGCGCUGCGUACGUCUGCGUACUCUAGCCAUCGAGAGGGUUCACUGGGCAACGCGCAAGCGAUGGGUAAUGGGAAAGCACGGGGCCAGCCAAAACUGCGGAGGAAAAGGGAGGAAGCGAGGCAAGCAACGGCGGCGACAGAAGGGUUGACUCCGAAGCAGUUGAGAAAGCUGAUAAAGAGGGAGGCCGCGGCGGGACGGGAGAUGGUCGUUUCGCGGGUGCGAAGAGGCGACGAUGUUGCGCAAGCGUCUCUUGCUGAAGAAGUGGGCCCAGACGAGGGUGAAGGAGGGGUUGGAGAUUCUUGGUUUGAUGAUCUUCUGGGAAUGGAAGAGGAGGCCGGCAACAGCGUUCCGAACGGACAGGGAGCAGGCGACUCGAAUCGUGAACGGACGGGGAAGUCGGAAGCGGGUGCGGCGCAAGAGUCGACGGAGGCAAUGCCGAACGGGCAUGCAAACGGUUCUCAGGAAGCGUCAGCUGGACGUAUGGCCAACGGCAAGGAGGCUCGGACUGGAGAAAGAUGGGAUGCGGAUCUAGAGGCUGCUGACGACCUGAUGACGGCAGCAAGGCGGAGGAUAGACGGCGGCGCGGAGGCCCGAUCCGAACCGGAGACAGCCGCGGAUGGUCGUUUCAAGUCGAAAACGUCCGGUUCUGGUCAGGAGAAGGCGACCCUGCGGACCCCCAAUGAUGCUGACGUCAGCUGCUCGCCCGAAGUGCGCGACUGUGGGAGGUGGGCGCUGGCAGACGACGUCAACAACGGGUCCGCCGACCAGAAGUUUGUUGAAGGCACUGCAACCGGCGCUGACGCGUCAUAUUCUCGAGCGAUCGCCACUGCAGUCAGCGCAGCAGAUGACCUUAGCAGCGCUUGCCCUGAGGACGUGGCUGACAGUCCGCCUCGUCCCUAUGUCAGCGGAAGCGACGCCCCUUCGGAGGGAGGGCCAAGCAGCCCGUAUACGCCAAGCGAGGCAUGUAGAGCAGGAAAAGAAGCGGAAAGAUUGCCUCAGGGUGAAUCCUACACGGAGAAAUCUCAGCAUUCAGCGCCUUCUGUUGCUGACGUCAGCCCAAAGGGCGACCAUGCGAGAGAGGGGCUCCGCAGCAGCAACGAGCGGGAGGGAAGCGAAGUCGAGGGCCUUGCUGGGGGCGGCUUCUCAGCGGACCAGUCCGCAAAGUCGCAAAUCUUCAAAGCUGACGUCAGCAAAGAAGGUGCGCCAGCGCACGAAAGUGCAAGAAGCGAUUCGGAGGGCCUUGCUGGGGGCGGGUUCUUCGCGGACCAGUUCGAGAACCUGGCAAACUUCCGCGCACACAACGAGGGAACGGGGCCCGAGAUCUGGGCGCAGACGGGGGGCCACGUGGACGCGUUUGUGGCGGGCGCGGGAACGGGAGGGACGCUCGCUGGCGUAUCGUGCUUCUUGAAGGACCAGAACCCUGGUGUCAAGUGCUUCCUCGUCGACCCCCCCGGAUCGGGGCUGUUCUACAAGGUGACACGUGGCGUGAUGUACGCCCCUCAGGAGGCCGAGGGCAAGCGGUUGCGGAAUCCGUUCGACACCAUAACGGAAGGCAUCGGAAUCAACCGGAUGACGCGGAACUUCGAGAAGGCGCGCCUGGACGGGGCAUUCCGUGCGAGCGACCAAGAGGCUGUCGACAUGGCGAGGCACCUCCUGCUGCACGACGGUCUUUUCCUGGGGAGCUCCUCCGCCGUCAACUGCAUCGGGGCGGUGCGUGCCGCGCGCGCGCUCGGCCCCGGGCACACGAUCGUCACCAUCCUCUGCGACGGCGGCCAGCGCCACCUCAGCAAGUUUCACAACGCGGCGUACCUCGCUACGCACGGGCUGACACCCAGCGAGCGGGGAGCGCUGCCGCUGACGUGA